AUGGAGGUUCCUAGCUCUUGGGAUGCUUUACGGAAACAGGCGAGAAAGAUUGAAGCUCAGCUUGACGAGCAGAUGCACUCAUAUCGCAGACUUGUUUCCACAAAGGCUUUAGCGAAGUCAGAUGGCGCAGAGAGUGAUCUCGAAGCUGGGAUCGACUUACUUCUUAGGCAACUGCAACAAGUAAAUGCGCAGAUGCAAGCAUGGGUAUCUUCAGGUGGGUCAGAAAUGGUCUCACAUACUCUAACUCGACAUCAGGAGAUCCUUCAAGACCUGACUCAGGAGUUUUAUCGACACCGGUCCAGUCUUAGAGCGAAGCAAGAGCAUGCUUCACUUCUUGAUGAUUUCAGAGAGUUUGACCGGACUAGAUUAGACUUAGAAGAAGGCGAUGGGGAACAAGCCCUGCUUAAAGAACAUAUGGGAAUCAACCGCAAUACAGCGCAUAUGGAUGGUGUCAUUUCACAAGCUCAGGCGACACUUGGUACACUUAUGUUUCAGCGUUCAACUUUUGGAGGAAUCAACUCAAAGCUUAGCAAUGUCACCAGCCGUCUACCCACGGUGAACACUAUUCUGUCGGCGAUAAAGAGGAAAAAGUCGAUGGAUACAAUCAUUCUUUCACUCGUUGCUGCUGUGUGCACAUUUCUCAUAUUCAUCUACUGGUUAACCAAGUGA